AUGUCGACUGAUAAGAUCACCUUCCUCACCAACUGGCACGCCACCCCGUACCACGCCCCCCUAUACCUGGCUCAGGCCAAGGGAUACUUCAAGGAUGAGGGCAUCAAGGUCGCUCUGCUUGAGCCCAACGACCCUAGCGAUGUCACCGAGAUCAUCGGCACUGGCAAAGUCGAUCUUGGCUUCAAGGCUAUGAUCCACACGCUCGCUGCCAAGGCCCGCAACUUCCCGGUCGUUUCCAUUGGCAGUCUCCUCGACGAGCCCUUCACCGGCGUCGUCUACUUGAAGGACUCCGGCAUCACCACCGACUUCCGCACCCUCAAGGGCAAGCGCAUCGGCUACGUCGGCGAGUUCGGCAAGAUCCAGAUCGACGAGCUGACCUCGCACUACGGCAUGACCCCCGACGACUACACCGCCGUGCGCUGCGGCAUGAACGUCUCCAAGGCCAUUAUCGAGGGCACCAUCGACGCCGGCAUUGGUCUGGAGAACGUCCAGAUGGUCGAGCUUGAGGAGUGGCUCGCUGCCCAGGGCCGGCCCAAGACGGACGUCCAGAUGCUCCGCAUUGACGAGCUGGCUGAACUUGGAUGCUGCUGCUUCUGCACCAUCCUCUACAUCGGCAACGAGUCCUUCAUUGCUGAGAACCCUGAGAAGGUUCGCAAGUUCAUGAAGGCUGUCAAGCGGGCCACCGACUACGUCCUCGAGAAGCCCGAGGAGGCUUGGAAGGAGUAUGUCGACUUCAAGCCGGUCAUGGGCUCGGACCUCAACCGCAAGAUCUUCGAGCGCAGCUUCGCGUACUUCUCGCAUGACCUGAAGAACGUCCAGCGUGACUGGACUAAGGUUACCAAGUACGGCAAGAGGCUUGGUGUUUUGGAUGAGAGCUUCGAGCCCAACUAUACCAACGAGUUUCUGGGGUGGGGCCUUGACGCCGACUCGGAGGAUCCUACUGGGGACCAGAAGAGAAUGGUUGAGCUUCAGAGCGAUGUCGCCUGUCGCGGCGGUUUCCGUCGCUUGAAGUUGCAGAGCUCUGCCAUCAAGGCUUAG